AUGGAUCGAUCACACAAUGCCUCAAAGCCAGCAGCUGGCUCCAGUACCAGGGCCAGCGACAACAAGUCAAGCGAUGUGAAUCGCCCAUCGGAAGCACAGAACCCUGUGAACUGCCAGGUGUGUAGUGUCUUUGGUGUGCCGAAGAACAAGAAAUGCGACGCAUGUGGGACGUUCUUCACACCACUUGGAAAAGAUUCAGGCAAGAGCGAAGAUUAUGCGCUCGGCCCCUUUGGCAACGAUUCCGCAACCACAAAUGUAUACGAGGAUGCCAAAGACGCGCGUGGACAUCGCAAGGUCGACUCCAAGCUUGACAGCGACCCCAUUUCCCCAGAAAGUCCCACAAGUGUUCGAGACGACAGUGGACAGGCAACUCAAUCUACUUCGAAAGAUGGUGAAGCUCUCCUCUCUGCUAAGACCUAUCAGGCUGCGGAAGAGCCUGAGAGAAAUGAACCAUCUCGGUCCGUAGUCUCUUCGAGCCAAACCGUCUCCUUCAAAUCUCUCAAACAAGCCCAUACUCAAAAUCGAGAAGAGAAACUCCGCCGAUGGGCUGAGACGAGCACUGAUCCAGAACAAGAUGAAGUCCUGAAAGAGACUGGCAUUGAACCCCACGACUUUGCCAGAGACGAUGCAUUGAAGGCCAAGAGGAAACGCGACAGUUGA